CACUGCGCCUGUGCAAGUGCUCCAUCCCGCUGACGAUUACGACUCCAAGGGGCGGAACCAUUAUGUUAAUCAGCCCAAGCCGCUUGGUAACCGGGUAACCAGUGCCAGUUCGGCAGCGGGUAGAGAGAAUACGGAGCUAUGAGGGCCGUGCCCACCUGGGUAGACAGGGUCCAUGACCGGGAUAAAUUGGAGCAGAGUAUCUAUGAUUUGGCAUUUAAGCCUGAUGGAACCCAACUGAUUGUGGCUGCAGGAAAUAGAGUGCUGGUUUAUGACACGUCUGAUGGGACUAUGAUUCAACCUUUAAAGGGGCACAAGGACACGGUGUAUUGUGUGGCAUAUGCAAAAGAUGGUAAACGUUUUGCCUCUGGAUCUGCAGAUAAAAGUGUCAUCAUAUGGACAUCUAAACUUGAAGGAAUUUUAAAAUACACACACAAUGACUCCAUCCAGUGUGUUUCUUAUAACCCUGUUACCCAUCAGCUGGCUUCUUGCUCCUCGAGUGAUUUUGGUCUUUGGUCCCCAGAGCAGAAAUCUGUUUCCAAACACAAAGUAAGCAGUAAGAUCACCUGCUGCAGCUGGACAAAUGAUGGACAGUAUCUUGCUUUGGGCAUGUUCAAUGGUGUAGUUAGUAUACGGAAUAAAAAUGGCGAGGAAAAGGUUAAAAUAGAACGUCCUGGUGGAGCUCUGUCUCCCAUAUGGUCUAUCUGCUGGAAUCCAUCCAAAGAUGAGCACAAUGACAUUCUGGCCGUGGCAGACUGGGGACAGAAGUUAUCUUUCUACCAGCUGAGUGGCAAACAGGUGGGAAAGGACAGAGUCCUGGGUUUUGACCCGUGUUGUGUCAGCUACUUCUCCAAGGGGGAAUAUAUCAUUGUCAGUGGCUCAGACAAGCAGGUGUCGCUCUUUACUAAGGAUGGUGUGCGGUUGGGACCAAUUGGGGAGCAAAAUUCCUGGGUUUGGACAUGUAGAGUGAAACCCGAUUCUAAUUAUGUGGUGAUUGGUUGUCAGGAUGGAACUCUUGCCUUUUACCAGCUGAUCUUUAGUACGGUUCAUGGCCUUUAUAAAGAUAGAUACGCUUACAGGGACAGCAUGACUGAUGUAAUAGUACAACAUCUCAUCACUGAGCAGAAAGUGAGAAUAAAGUGUCGGGAGCUGGUAAAGAAGAUUGCAAUCUACAAGAACAGACUUGCCAUCCAGAUGCCAGAAAAGAUCCUGAUAUAUGAGCUCUUUUCUGAUGAUGUGAACGACAUGCACUACCGUGUGAAGGAGAAGAUCGUCAAAAAGUUUGAAUGCAAUCUGCUUGUGGUGUGCUCUCACCAUAUCAUCCUAUGUCAGGAAAAGCGGCUACAGUGUUUGUCUUUCAAAGGUGUAAAGGAACGAGAAUGGAUGAUGGAAUCUCUGAUUCGUUAUAUUAAAGUCAUUGGAGGUUCUGCAGGGAGGGAGGGUCUUCUGGUGGGACUUAAGAAUGGCCAGAUCCUGAAGAUUUUUGUGGAUAACCCAUUUGCCAUCACGCUACUCAAGCAGGCAACAUCUGUGCGGUGUCUGGACAUGAGCGCUAGUCGCAACAAGUUGGCUGUGGUCGAUGAGCAUAAUACCUGCCUAGUGUAUGAUAUCACAACCAAGGAUCUGCUCUUCCAGGAGCCUAAUGCCAACAGCGUGGCAUGGAACACACAGUGCGAGGACAUGCUUUGCUUCUCUGGAGGUGGAUACCUGAAUAUCAAAGCCAGUAAUUUCCCUGUACAUCAGCAGAAAUUGCAGGGCUUUGUAGUGGGCUACAAUGGAUCCAAAAUAUUCUGCCUGCACGUGUACUCAAUGUCUGCUGUAGAAGUACCUCAGUCUGCUCCCAUGUAUCAGUACCUGGAAAGGAAGAUGUUCCGAGAAGCCUACCAGAUUGCUUGUUUAGGGGUGACUGACCUGGACUGGAAGGAGCUGGCAAUGGAAGCACUGGAAGGAUUGGAUUUUGAGACCGCAAAGAAGGCUUUUAUACGUGUGAGAGAUCUACGCUACCUGGAGCUGAUCAACAGCAUUGAGGAGAGAAAAAAACGAGGAGAUGCCAAUGACAACCUUUUCCUGGCAGAUGUGUGUGCCUAUCAGGGCAAGUUUCACGACGCAGCCAAACUCUACAAGCAAGUGGGGCAAGAGAGUAGAGCAUUGGAUAUGUACACCGACCUGCGCAUGUUUGAGUUUGCAAAGGAAUUCCUAGGAUCAGGAGACCCAAAAGACACAAAAACCCUGAUUACAAAGCAAGCAGACUGGGCCCGAAAUAUCCGGGAACCACGUACAGCAGCUGAAAUGUACCUGUCGGCAGGGGAGAACAUGAAGGCAAUUGAACUAAGUGGCGACCAUGGCUGGGUGGACAUGCUGAUUGAUAUAGCGAGGAAGCUGGACAAGGCUGAGAGGGAGCCUCUGCUGAAGUGCGCACACUACUUUAAGAAGCUACAGCAUCACGGUUAUGCGGCCGAAACCUACAUGAAGAUCGGAGACCUGAAAGCGCUGGUUCAGCUUUACGUGGAAACUCAGCGUUGGGAGGAGGCAUUUACCCUGGUAGAGAAGAACCCAGAGUAUAAAGAUGAGGUUUAUAUUCCUUAUGCACAGUGGCUGGCAGAGCAUGACAGGUUUGAAGAGGCACAGAAGGCAUUUCACAAAGCUGGCCAACAGGACGAGGCAGUGAGGGUGCUGGAGCAACUUACCCACAAUGCAGUAGUGGAGAGCAGGUUUAAUGAUGCCACCUACUAUUACUGGAUGUUGUCCAUGCAGUGCCUGGAAAUUUCAAAAGACAAGGAGGAGAAGCGGGACGUAAUGCUACAGAAGUUCUACCAUUUUCAACAUCUGGCAGAGCUUUAUCAUGUCUACCACUCCAUCCACAGAUAUACAGAUGAACCCUUCAGCUCUCACCUGCCCGAGACAUUAUUCAACAUUUCCAGAUUCCUGUUACACAGUCUGACCAAGGAAAGUCCUCUGGGAAUCUCCAAAGUAAACACACUGUUCACUCUGGCGAAACAGAGCAAGGCACUGGGAGCUUACAAACUGGCCAGACAGGUGUAUGAGAGGCUACAAGGUCUGCGGAUUCCCAGCAGGUUUCUGGAGUCUAUUGAGCUGGGAAGCAUCACAAUCCGAUCGAAACCAUUCCAUGACAGUGAGGAGCUGGUUCCCAUGUGCUACAGAUGUUCCACUAACAACCCCUUCCUCAACAACCUGGGCAAUGUGUGUAUCAAUUGCAGGCAGCGCUUUGUGUUCUCUGCCUCCUCCUACGAAGUACUCCCUCUGGUGGAAUUUUACCUUGAAGAUGGGAUUUCUGAUGAAGAAGCAGUCUCACUUAUAGAUCUUGAAGCUCCCAGAAGUUCCUCAAAAACGGACAAUUGGCGGGAAAUGUCCUCUGGUGAUACACAGACGCUAAGGAUGGAUGAUGAAGAUGACAUGAUGAAUUAUGAUCCCUUCACAGCCAAAUUAAGCUUUGAGCAAGGAGGCUCAGAGUUCGUCCCUGUAGUUGUGAAUCGUGCAGUCCUUAGAUCCAUGAGCAGGAGGGAUGUCCUGAUUAAGCGAUGGACGCUCCCUCUUAAGUGGCAGUAUUUCCGUUCCUUGCUCCCCGAUGUCUCCAUCACCAUGUGCCCUUCCUGUUUCCAGAUGUUCCACACUGAAGAUUAUGAGCUUCUCGUCCUGCAGCACAACUGCUGCCCCUACUGUCGAAGACCCAUAGAGGAAUCCAACCAGUGAUGUAAAGGCAAAAGAAAACCGAUUAUUUGGCUUAAUAUAGAGAGUGACUGCAAGCUUUCCCCACCUCACAGCAGCCUUAUGUACCCCCUUAAUAUAUGAAUUCCCACAAUAUUUCAUUAAAACGAUUGUUCACCUCUAUAUUAACUUUUAAUAUCAUGUAGAGAGUGAUAUUCUGAGACAGAUUUCAAUUGGUUUUCAUUUUUUAUUAUUUGUGGCUUUUGAGUUAUUAAGCUUUUUAUUCAGCAGCUCUGCAGUUUGCCAU